AUGUUCUUUUCAUCUUCGCUCAACGGAACCUUUCACCUGACUCUCACCCUCCCCACGGAAUACCCCUUUAAACCGCCGACCGUCUCCUUCCGCACGAAGAUCUACCACCCCAACGUCACCAAUGACGACAAGGGCAGCAUGUGUCUGGGGAUGCUGCGCGCGGACGAGUGGAAGCCCAGCUCGCGGAUCCUGGCCGUUUUGCAGUUCGCCCGCCAGCUGCUGGCCGAGCCGAUGCCCGAUGAUGCGGUUGAGGGUCGGAUUGCGGAGCAGUAUAAGAGUGAUUUUGGGAGGUAUGAGGAGAUUGCGCGCGAAUGGACGAGGAAGUAUGCUAGUGCGGGAAGGGGGUAA